CCCAUCCUCAUCCUCAUCUGACGAGCCGCUGAGGGAAUAGCGGAAUCCGAUGAACACUUUUGAAAACGCCGACAGUAGACGUUUUUUUUUUUUUUUAUAUUUUUCUUGAAUAAUAUGCGAAUUCCGUGUUCGUGUCGGAUUGUUAAGGGAGGUUUGCGGCAGCAGGGAGAUGCUGUCAUCUGAACAGACUUGGGUGAUCUAAGACAGAAAAAACGACGGUGACAUCAACGGCGGAUCGUUGUUUUUAUUUUCUUUUUCAGAGGAAUUACUGAAUAUUUCCGUGAAAUCGACAGAUCGACUGUCUGUAAACAAUCAUGUGCCGGCAUAAGCUACUGCCACCGAGGAAGUGAAAAUGUAACCCCAUGACACCGAGGUUCAUUCAUAUCCGUUCUGGGUGGACAUCAUGCGCUUCUUCCUUGUAUUCACAUUGAACACGUUGUUUUUUGUGAUCUGACAUGAUUUGCCUUUUUAUUUGGAAGAAGAGUUGAACGGGUGCUGAUGCUGAUGCUCUAAUCUGCAUUAACCAUCUCCAUCAUAUAGUCACCUGCUUGUUUUUAACAAGCGCAAACGACAAAUGGGUUAACCAUAUGGUUCGUUUUUUUAAAGCUUAUGUGCCAUUUACUUGAAUACUUUUAGUUUUCUGAUAUCGUUGUGAUUGGCAGCAUAGUCUCCUUGAUUGUUUGGAUGCGUGAGACCAUUCAGCUUGUCGCACCUGCCAAGGCUGCUGGACCAUGCAAGCUCCAAGACAAGAGGACAAGGCUACAUGAGCCUGUUAUAUUUCAGAUUAGAAGAACUCUUAUUUCAUCUCACCUGCCAAAGCUACUCACACCUCAUGAAUGCAAGAAUAGAAAUGGGCAUUUUGUUGUUGUAUCCUAGUUAAUUGCAUUAGCACUUGCUGAUGCUUCCCUGAUAGUUCUAUGUAUCUUUAAAGAUUAUCAAAUAAAUUUGGUCAGUCGAUCUGAGAAACCAUACCUGCCCGAGUUUUCCCCUGUGAUGCUGGACGUAGUGAAGAUGAAGGAGGUGUGCAGGAUUUGUGCCCGUGAGCUCUGCGGCAACCAGAGGCGAUGGAUAUUCCAUCCGGCCUCCAAACUCAAUCUGCAGGUUCUGCUGUCUCAUGCCCUGGGCCGUGAGCUGACCCGGGAUGGCCGCGGUGAGUUUGCUUGCUCCAAGUGUGCCUUCAUGCUGGACCGCAUGUACCGCUUUGACACGGUGAUCGCCCGCGUGGAGGCCUUGUCUCUGGAACGCCUCCAUAAGUUGCUCUUGGAGAAAGACAGGCUGAGGCAGUGUAUCGGCGGUCUGUACCGCAAGAACAACACAGAGGACAGUAAUGUUACCCUCUCUGGGUCCAGUGUGGGAGCCGGGACUGAGGGGGCAUCUGAAGACUCUCCUGUUUUGGAUCUCUCGGCCUUGCAGGAUGUGAGAUAUUCUGAGAUGAUCCAGGAUGAUCUAGCUUACUCUGUGUAUGAAUCAUGGGCUGAUAAGGAGGAUCCAGCCCUGGAACCUCAACCCCAUCACCACCACCAUCACCACCACCAUUGCCCAGGAAUGGACUCUUUACCUGGCCAGAAACCGAGACGCUGCCGAGGCUGUGCGGCGCUCCGUGUGGCUGAUUCAGACUAUGAGGCGGUGUGUAAGGUGCCUCGCAGGGUCAGCCGGAGGAGCACCUCCUGUGGACCGUCCACACGCUAUUCAGCUAGUGCCACAGGGGUGGAUGACCCUUCCACAGGUUCCUCAGGUUCUGAUGCCACACCUGUCGUUUCUGAGUCCCCUUCGACCGGGCCAGACAGUGACAGGACCUUAUGUGAGAGGAUAAGCACAAGCCCUGCAUCGUCUGUAGAAUCACUGGACACUGCCAUAGAUGUGGCUUGUCCUGCUAUCACCCCGAAAGAGAGGGAGGACGUUGAACAAGACAGAGAGGCUACAGGAGAAAAAUAUCCAACAGAGGCUCCUGUGGGUCGGGACACUCCAUGGGACAAGCCCCCAAAUGAAAGCUCUAUCUCUUGGCUUGAGCUGGUACUGAGCCUGAUGAGAGGCUGGGACUACAAGCCAGUUAAAACCCAACAAGGCAGUAAGCUCCCAGUUCUGGUCAAAACCAAAUUAGACCAAGGCCUCUCUCUGCCCCUACCCAUCCCACUGAGGGCCCACUAUGGAGGGGCAGUAGACUGUGAGUUGUACCCCCAUCAGCCUGUGCCAGAAGUCGUGACUCCAUCCAAUCAGCAGGAGCUGCAAACAGAGCUGGCAGAGAUGGAGGAGCAGUGGCUGGAUGACUAUGUCCAAUGCGGCCCGUUCCGCUUCCAGCAGAAGCUCAUUGAUGAGCAGCAGGGCCAGCUGAGUCAGUAUGAGACUGCUGCAGGUCAGUGUGUCGGUGAGCUGCAGAAGGCCCAGGACCAGGUCUGCUCCCUCCAGGCCAAGAUCAGACAGAGUGAAACCAGGAACCAGAAGCUGCAGGAGCGUCUUGGGGAGAUGGAGCUCGAGCUGCGAUCGGCAAGAGAGGAGGCCCAGCGGCAGGAGCGCAACGUGCAGAACCUCACUGACACUGUCAACUCCAAGGAGACAGAGGCUGCAGAGUUGUACAGGGUGAUUGAGGAGCAGAAUAAGAUGCUGUGUUCCCUCAAAGAGCUGGCCAACAGAAACCAGCUGCAACAGCUCCAGGUGUCUGGGGCAGAGAGCAUUCGAGGGCAGGGUGAGGUGCUGGGUCUCCAGGCCUCGCUCUUCCAGGCCCAGCUGGAGCUGCAGGCUGGUCAGAGGGCCCAGCGCCAGGCCGCCAGGACACAGGAGGACCUGAGCCGGGCCCUGCAGCGCCUGGAGAACGACCUGCAGGCGGCGCUGAAGCACAGGAGGGAGACAGAGAAACACAACCAGGAGCUGCAGCUGGCCCUGGAGAAGGCUCGCUCUGUGCUGCAGGAGAGAGAAGAGCAGCUACGAGAGAGGGAGGGGGAGAGGCAGAGAGAGGAGGAGGAGACACAAAAGACCAUCAGAGAGCUGAGGACUUCACUGCAGACCAAAGAGCAGCUGGUGGAGGACUACUCUGAGUUGUUGGAGCAGCAGCAGGAUCCAAAGGAGAAGAGAGACUCUCUGCUUCAGAAACUCCGUCAGCGCAUCAAGGACAGAGACAGAGCACUGGAGCGAGCGGUGGAUGAGAAGUUCCGCUGCGUGGAGGAGAAAGAGGAGGAGAUGCGGCGGCUGCAGCUGCUGCUGAGGGAGAAGGAGAGAGACCUGGAGAGACAGAGAUGUGUCCUGGCCAACAACGAAGAGACUAUCACUAGCCUGGAGGUACUGGUGCGUGGUAAAGGUCUGGAGCUGGAGCAGGUGUGUGAAGCCUGGAGGAGUGUGCAGCGACAACAGCAGGACAGUGAGGAGCGGCAGAAUCGCAGUCUGAGGGAGAGGGACACCCUCAUCAGCCAGCUGCAGACCGCCCUGCACUCUCGUACGCAGGAGGCUGAGGAUCUGCGUUGCUCGCUGCUUGCCCAGAUUAAAACAGGUGCUAGCGACGUUUUGGAGGAACUGAGGGCUCGACUCCAGCUCAAAGACCGCCUUUUCCAGGAAGUGCUGUCUGACCGAACGCGGCAGGCCCAGGAGCACCAGGAGCAGGUUCAGGAUCUGCUCAGCACCAUCAGUGCCAGGGACCAGUACAUACAGGAAUCAGCAGGCCGGCUAAGCGAGGUGAUGAACGAGCAGACGGUGCGGCUCCAGGAGCUUCGCAGACAGCUGACCUCUGGUUUCCAGGUGUCAGGGGUCGGAUCAAAGUCUAUUUCAGGACCAGACUCCAGUGUGGAGCUCCAGCCUUUGCAGGACGAGCUGUGUCUGUCACUGAGGAGGGAAAAGGAGGCCCAGGAUGAGAACAGGAGUAUGUCUGCCAGGGUAGACUCCCUCACCAGAACUCUUCAUGUCAAGGAGGAGAUCAUCAGGGGCUUCCAGAGACAGAUUGUGGAUCCCUCAGAACUUCCUCUGCUUGAGAGACUGACCCAGGAGAUCCAGGAGCUGAGGGAGAGCCUGGUGCAGCAGGAUAUCCCACCAGCCAGAGGCCCUGUCUUAGGCAGGGACAGGCCAAACAACAGGCAGCCUGAGUUUGGAGAACUGAGCUCAGAGGAUAGAGAGGAAGAUGAUGAUGCCAACAGUGAUUAUGCUGACAGUGUUGAUGAGGAGGAGUCCAAGCUGACUGCCCAGUCACUGGCAAACAUCAAGGAUAUCACAUUUGAGGGCCAGGGGCUUUUGGAGGUCAAACAGCUGGUGGAGCAGAAGAGAGCAGUGGAGAGAGAGCUUGGGGAGCUCAAGGCUCAGCUGGAGAAGGCCGGUUUCUCCUCCCUUUCACAAAUGAGGAGAGCCUUGUUCAACCUGCGUGAGGAAAACGAAGACCUGAAGCUUCAGCUGAGUGGAGGGGCGCUGCCUGACACCAGCGAACACAGUGAUGAGCAAAAAUUGCAAGAGGGCGAAGACGAGGAUGAGGAGGAGGAGGAGCUGGAUGUGACCAUAGAGGUGGAUGAGGAGGAAGAGGAGGAGGAGGAAGAGGAAGGGUUUGAGCAGUGGGACGCCUGGGAUAGUGAGAUGUGUCUUUCUCAGGGCAAACACUGUGUGGACAAGCCCCCGACCAGGAGGGCCACAAAGCCCUCACCACUGGACCUGGGAGCUCUGCUGUCCCACUCCUCACAGGAAGACGACCUGGAGAGCGACCUGUCAACCACCCAGCAGCAGAGCACUGUGGCCUCGGCGAUGUGUGAGAAGGCGGUGCGUCUCCAGCAGGAGAGCAAAGAGCUACAGGAGAGACUGAUGGUGUCAGAGGCCACCGUCCAGGCCCAAGCCGAGCAGCUUAAAGACUACAGGGAGCUCCUCACGGAGACAUCAGUGCAGCAGGACAGUAAGCAGAUCCAGGUGGAUCUCCAGGAUCUGGGCUAUGAGACCUGUGGCCGCAGUGAGAACGAGGCAGAGAGAGAAGACACUAGCAGCCCAGAGUUUGAUGACUUGGAGAUGUGCACUUCUCUGGAGUGUGGAUCCCAGUGGUGGCCUGCCAACUCCAGCAGCACUUACAACAAGACCAACUCCCAGACCAGUGGUUACGGAGACGAGGUGUCGUCCCUGCAGCGCCUCGUCGAAGACCUGCGCUCACAACUCUCACGCUCCCAGGGAGUGAUCCGUGGGCUCCAGAGCCGCCUGCGCUCCCUCUCUAUCUCCAGUGACUAUGGACCCUCCACACCGCGCAAGGUGAACUGGUCCUUCCAGGCUUCGCCCUCCCAGAGUGGGGCAGAAGAUGACGAGGGCUGGCAGUCCUCUGAUGGAGGUCCAAUGCCCUCACCGCGUCAUCCUCACCCAGAUAAAGGCCUCCAAGAGUUGGUGUCACGCGUUGGAGCCCUUGAGGAACAACUGAGGAAAGGUGGCAAGAAGUCAGUCGGCGAGGACACCAAGUCUGCUACCUGGCCUGGUAAAUUUGAUAUGCUGAUCCAAGCUCAGGCCAGGGAGCUGUCCCACCUACGUCAGCGGCUGCGGGAGGGCCGUGGUGUGUGCAACAUCCUGACCCAGCACCUGGGAGACACCACCAAGGCCUUUGAGGAGCUGCUGAGAGCAAAUGACAUUGACUACUACAUGGGCCAGAGCUUCAGGGACCAGCUGGCACAGAGCAGCGCUCUGGCACAGCGAGUCAGCGCCAAGAUCAGUGGACGAGAUCAUUCAGAAGAUCCAGAUGAUAAGACAGAGCUGCUUGCCAUCCGGCUAAGUAAGGAGCUGCAGCAGAAAGACAAGGUCAUCGAGUCGCUCCGUGCCAAACUGAACCAGCACCAGUCUCAUCACCAUCAUCAGCACCAUCGCUCUUGCACGCCCUGUAGCAGCCAUGCCCUCUCCGAAACCACCGACCAGUCGGAUCGCAUCUCCUAUGUGUCGGACGAGCAGGGCUCCACCAAUGAGGACCUGGAGCUCUGCUCGGACAUGGAAGCUGCCAGUGAGUUUGGUCAAGAGGAGACCCGGGCUUCUACCAGGGCCAGCACAGAUUGCCACUCCCACAGUAGUGCUAUGUCACGCCAUCCCUCUGUUCCUCCAUCCAUCACCUCAUCCCACCGAGCCCAGUCCUCUCACAGCUGUCCCAGCAUGCAGUGCUCCAGCACUCCCCACAGAGCUGCUGACAUGCAGGGUCAGACAGGGUUUUCUGUGCCACAGUCCAAGCCUCCCCAAGAUUUCCCACUAUCAACCCUCCAGCAGGCCAGCUCCUCUGGCUUCCUUCCUCUGUCCUACCAUGGUGUAAUGUCGUCUCCUCUUGUUGGCACUACCAGCGCCAGUCUAAAUGCCAGCCCGGCCACAAAACCUGGGGCCAGCCUUCUGGAGAGCAGAGCAUUGUGGGAUAUGCCCUAUGGUACCCGACCAAUGAGAGUCGGAGCUGCUGACCUGUCAUCGGGAUCAUCAGGGUACCAGUCGGGCACCAGCCACACAGGCUCAGACCUGAUGAAAGAGCAUCUGAGAGAAAUCAGGAGCCUUAGGCAGAGACUGGAGGACUCAAUACAGACCAAUGACCGCCUCCGCCAGCAGCUGGAGGAGAAACUGGCUAACACCGCCAGGGAGAAAGGUGCUCCCACCAACAUCUACAUUCAGGGUCUGGACUCGGUCGGUCAGCUCUCCGGUGAGAUCAGACUUCUGAAGGAGGAGAACAUCAGUCUGCAGAGCCAGCUCAAGCAGGCUGCCAAAGAUGGCAGUAAGGAGGCGGACGAGCUGCGGGAGGCGGUCCUCUUGGAGCGGGCCAAGCUGAAGGAGGCACAGUUAGAAGCAGAAAGGUGGGCGGAGCAAAGCAGGAGGCUUCAAGCUGAGGCUCAGGGUCACAGCCAGGAGAUCACACAACUCAAACAGGACAGACAGAGGAACCAAGAAACCAUCAACAGGCUUCAGCAUGAGGUGAGCGUUCUCCAACAGCAGUUGUGUGAGAGCUGCAGUUUGGUCCACUCUCUUCAGUGUGAGCUCCAGGUCUACAACAGGGUGUGUGGUGUCCCCAAAAACACACACUCAGGUCAGGCCAGUGAGAGCUCCCAGCCAGGGGACAGCGCUGUGGCCUUCAAUCCCAGAGAGCUGCAUGCUCAGCUGGAGCAGAGACUGACAGGACAGGCUGACACGCACGCCAGGAGACAGCUGUUUAAUGACAGCGUUCCUUCGCCACCUGUGAGAGACACAGGGCUCUUCAGCCCUUCCUCACCUCUCUCCCCCACACAGGAACCUACAGAGGAGGCUGAGGCUGCUGACCAAGCCCCCAAUCUGCAGGGCCAAGCCCCAGAUGGCUCCUUUGCCAACCGUCAUGGCCGCCACGCAGUAGGCCAUGUGGACGACUUCAAGGCCCUGCAGCAGCAGAUCCUGGAGGGCAGCGCUCUCGUCUGCAAGAUAGAGGCCACUCUCCACACCUUGAGCAGUCCAGCUCUGCCAGAGUUCAGCCUGCACCAGCCGAUGGACACAGGCGUGGUCAUGCAGCUGCUGGACAACAGUCAAACCCUGCGUCAGAUCCUGGAGGAGGCCACUUCUCUGCUCAGGAUGUUCUGGAGAGCAGCUCUGCCGAGCUCUGAGGAAUCCAACCACAGCACCAAGCAGGAGCAGUCUCUGAGGGAGGAGAUCAGUUCUCUCCGUCUGAGGCUCACAGAGCAGGAGGAGGCUCUAAGGGACGCUAUGGAGAGAUUGAGGAGCUCCAACCGCACCAAAGAUAGCAUGGAGCACUUUAUAGUCAGCCAAUUGUCGAGAACACGGGAUGUCUUGAAGAAAGCCAAGACUAACUUACAGGUCAAAACACAGGAAGAUUCUGUGAGCUCACCCUCUCUCCUGGUUGGGGUGUCAUGAAGCCUCAGGCCCUGUUGUCCUCCACCAUCCCUGCUGUCCCGGUGGCCACCCGGGACCUGGGAACUUCACACCACCAGCGUCCCCUACAGGCAGCCUUCCUGUAGUGCACCAGCCCCAGAUUCCCCCCCUGGGACAUUCUGUCCAUCACCUCCUGUCCAAAUGGGAAAUGGUGGAAAUGAUCCUUCUGUCUGUUGGAGAAAUACCUCAGUUGAGUGAUGUACUGUAUGUCUGAGUGUUUGAAUGUUUGCUGAGGUUUAUUCAGUGUGAGGCGCCAUGUGAUGUUAGAGAUUUUGCCAGUCAGUGAUGGUUUAUGAAUGUGAAUGGUUGUCUUGGGUAUAAUUUAUGCAGGUACUAUGAAGGGCUUCGCUUAGGGCCCUCAACUGAAGUGUUUCUCCUAUUUUAUCUUUUGAGCAUUCAGAUAUUUGACUUCAGCAGGGAUUCAAGAUUAAACUCAACUUCAAGCCAGCAAGGAAGGGGCUUUGAAAAAGCCAAACUCAACUAAAGUGCUUCCUUUUAGCUUCUUUUGAAGCUAGAUUUUGUUAGUAUGUAAGAUAGUUGCAUGUGUUUUGAACAGCUUGUGGAAAAGAAGCCAUACUCUUGGACGUUGCAGAUACUUUUUUUUGUUUUGCCCAAAUAAUACCAAUGCCAUCGAAAUGGUCAAGUACUGCUGUCACAAGGUGAAAAACAUAGCACUACUAUUAGAGAGAUUGUUCAGAUUAACUGAUAAAUCACAUUUGCUCUAUGAUAUGCAGUAUGUAAUUUACCAAGGGGAUGAAUUUAAGAUUUUGUGCUCAUCCUCCCCAUGCCUGAAAGUAUUAUUAUGUUGUUAUGGAGUCAGUUUUGUCCAGAUAUUGAAAAAGAUGGGUCCAACCCAGUCUUUCUGCUGAGAUGCCAACACCUGUAGCCAUAGCCUUUGGAAAGCCUUCUGAGUAAGCUGCCAUCUUUGCUAUCUUAUAAACCAGUGUUAUGAUAAGCACAUAUUACAUCGCAGUGUAAAGCUCUCCAGCAUUUGUCAGCCACAGAGAGAAAGGCUUACAUUUGUUUUUGUGCAAUACCUUCAGUGAUUUGACCCAUAAUCUGUAUAACAUAAAAUGUUUUCAAUUUUUGGUGCAUGGUCCAAUAAAGUUGCAAUAGUGUAUUUAAUUCUGCAACAAGAAUUGCAUCAGACUAGUGGACCAGACUUUAUAGUUUUUCUUUUUAAGCUUUUUUCGUAAAUUUUAUUUUUUUUUCCUUUUACCAAAUUUGUGAAUCCCACUGUGUUUGGAUUACCUCUAUUAUGACAAUCACUUCCAAAUCUUUAUCAGGAGAACUUAUAACUCUAAUUUAUCGCUUGUAUUGACACAAAAUAUAUUUUCUCCCGAACUGUAUUAGAGAUUGUGACAAUCAUUGAUUAGAUAAACUGUUUGGAAACUGGGUAAUUUACACUGGCUUUACCAAUGCAGUGUUUGCUGUUUUACAUUUUGCUUUAUUUCUCUGUACAGUAGAUUGCCUGUUGCCCUUUGUGCAUGAACUGUGGGUUCACUGUCCCUCAAAUACUUUACCUGAAAUAUGCAAUAUUUAAGUUACUGUGCAAUAGCCUACAUGGUUGCUUUUUGAUGUAUUAGGCCUAACUAUUCAAGUGCCACAUUAUCUGUGUUUAGCUCCAAAGGUGUAGCCUAUUAGUUUAAACAAACUGAAUUUUUUCAUUGUGUCAAUAUGCUACGACUUUGACAAUCAAUCUUAAUAAAUGACCUAACCCGCUCAGUCAUAGUUUGUCAUGCAAUAUGGCUUUAUAUGAAUCUGAGCUUUAUACACAUUAUGCAGCACAGAUGCUAAGAAAAUCACUUGUAGCAAAGUGAGAGCAAAACCGAGCACUGAAAAAACAUAUUUAUAAAGCAAUAAGAUCAACCAAAGUGAGUAAGUUAUACAAUGUUAAAUCAGGUGUAAAAAAUGAUUAAAAAAAUAAGUACUGCUUCAUGUAAUUUCCCACAGUUCAGCUUACAGUCUGUAUGUUUGUGUAUAUGGAGUUAUUACUGUAGGAACCACGUCAGUGUCUGUACAUAGUAAAGGGGGUGUUCAUCAAUGCAAUUUUUUGUUGCUGUGAGACAAGGUCUUUGAACAUGGCCAUGUAUAUUUUUAUGCAUGUUGUCUUUAUUAAAAUGUUUUGGGGUAAAAACAAACAAAGAAAAAAAGGCACCUUUUCAAUAAAAGGGAACAAAACAA